AUAAAUCUCGCGGAUUUCAUUCGUUGUUGGAUUUUGGUUGAUAUUUCAUGGCCUUUCUGACGAGUUGUUCUAGUCUUCACGGCUUGAGUGUUGGUACACGAGCUGCUUUUUGUGGUAGUGCUGUUUCCUAUCGAAUAUUCAGUCGAACAUAUGGCAAGUGGCGAAUGCAGCAGUUGGGAAUAUUCAGACAGGCUAUGAAAGACUUUGCUUCAGAAUAUCCAGACUUUGUUUCCAGAGGAUUGGGAGUUACUUCAAAGGCAGAGAGAUGGAAUGGUCGCCAUGCUAUGUUUGGACUUUUGGCCAUCGUAUUGACAGGAUAUGCCAAGGGACACGGGUGGAUUCCUAACGCAGAUCAAGUAUUGGAUAUGCAACAAUGGGGAACUUUGGUUAUGGAAGGGUUCAAUCAGAAAAUUACCAAUGAGAGAGCUAUUGUUUUGGUUGCUCAUAUUCAUGUGCUGUUGGUAUCCAUUGCAGCUGCUAUUGCACCUUUCUCUUUUCAAGAUAGACUUUUAUUACGUCCAGGAGAAAAGGAUGAAGAACCAGCAGGUCUAUUGCCUCCAUUCAAGUUGGGAUUAACGAAAGAAGCGGAAUUAUGGAAUGGACGUUUAGCUAUGUUAGGAGUUACUUUUAUCGUGGCUACUUCAAUUAUCACUGGACAAUCGAUAUUGGACGUGGUGAAUAAGGGAUUGGGAAAUAUUCUCUAUUGAGAGAGAGAGAUGGGUCCAUUCCUGUGGUGAUUCUUCUCUUUGAAUAAAGAUAAUAUUGUUUUGGCUGCCUUGUCACUUGGUUUCCCUUGACUAUGCACCAAGUCUCGAAAUGAUUGGAUCCAAGGUUUGAGUGCUAACAACUGC